AUGUAUCUUGAUCUAAGCCACCUGAGAUCCCGACAACUUCUCAGUUCUUUGUGGAUCCUGAGACUGAUCCAAGUUGAUCUCAGGUAUUGGGUCUUCAGUAGCCAGAGUGCCUGGCUCACCUUGUGCUUCUUGCCGCACACGGAGACCCGCUUUUCCUUGCAGCUGCCAGAGGGCGCGCCCGAGUUCCUGGGGGUGAGUUUCGAAGCAGGAUGGGACCUGGAAGACUCUUUGUGCUUCAUCCCGGAGGUGGAGGAGAUUGCGCCUCACCUACGAGCUGCGUAUGAGGAGUUUUACCAGGCUUACGAGUCCAUCGAUGGCUAUCAGCUGUCCUUUGAAAGCAGAGGCCAUGCUGGCGCGGCACUGACCUACGGGGAGAGCCAUUUCGUGCCGGUGCUGGAGCUGUUGCAACGUUUGGAGGUGGGUCCACAGGACCUCAUCGUCGAUCUGGGGAGCGGCACAGGCCGGGUGGUGCUGGCAGCUGCCUUGGGUUUCCCCUUUGUGCGCGAAGUGCUUGGCAUCGAACUUCUUCCCUCCCUCCACGCUGCCGCAGAAGCCGCUGCAGCGAAGCUGCUGGGGAGGUCCUCGAGCACUGCGCCGCUGCGGCUGGUGUGUGGGGACUUCUUGGUGGAGGAUUGGUCUGAUGCCACAGUGGUCUUUGCGAUGUCCCUGUGUUUCCCGGAGGAGAUGAUGCAGGCGCUGGAAGCGAAAUUCCAACUGUUGAAGCCUGGGAGCUACGUGAUCCUCAUGCAUUGUUUCAUGGGCACUGAAGCUGCCCCCAGUUGUUUGGAACCUAUCAGCCCGCAGCACGUGGUGCGACUGGAGAUCUCCUUCGGAGAAACACCGCUCUACAUCUUCCAAAGGAGACCGCAUGGGCUCCAUGAGAUGGACUGA